UCGUGCUGCCGGUGGCGGCCUGCCAGAGCGAUGACGACCACCUCCGCUUCCGGAUCCUCUUUGAGGACCUGGACCACAAUAGAGACAGCGUGGUGGACAUCCUGGAGCUCAAGGAGGGGCUGAAAAACUGGAAUUCCUCGUUUGAUUCUAACUCGGAGAAGGUUCACAGUUUAAAGACCAGGAAAAUGAGAUUGAUUAGUGUGUUUGAGCAGAUGGUAAAAGAAGGAGGAAUUCUUUCUCUUUGGCAAGGAAAUGGUAUAAAUGUUUUUAAAAUUGCACCAGAGACAGCACUUAAGAUUGGGGCCUAUGAACAGUAUAAGAAAUGGCUUAGUUUUGAUGGUGCUCGUGUAGGAGUUCUUGAAAGAUUUAUAGCUGGUUCAUUAGCUGGUGCAACUGCUCAGACUUGUAUUUACCCCAUGGAGGUAAUAAAGACCAGACUGAUUGUAGCUAAAACUGGAGAGUAUUCUGGGAUUGUUGAUUGUAUCAGGAAACUUCUGAAGCAAGGGGGUGUGCGAACCUUUUUCAAAGGUUAUGUUUCUAACCUGAUGGGAAUCAUACCCUACGCAGGCUUAGAUCUUGCUGUUUAUGAGCUUUUGAAGAAUUAUUGGCUAGAACAUUAUGCAGAAAACUCUGUAAACCCUGGGAUAAUGAUUUUGCUGGGCUGUAGUAUGUUGUCUCAUACUUGUGGGCAGUUAGCAAGCUUCCCUCUGAACCUGAUUAGAACUCGCAUGCAGGCUGAAGCCCUGGUGGAAAAAGAAACAACACCUAUGAUUUGACUCAUUCAAGAAAUAUACAACAAAGGAAAAAGGGGAUUUUUCAGGGGCA